AAGACGUGGCUUAUAACUAGUCGUUCAUAACAAUGUGUAAACGACGUCGUAUGACCUCUCAAGGCUACUGCAAAAAUGGCCUUUAUCUAUGGCAGCUCUGUCAGUUUUGCUUACUGAAGUUUCAAUGGCACUCUCUCCUUUAAAUCUUUACUCUCUUAACAAUCCUAGUAAAUACGAGAAAAGAUCUCUCUUCUUUUCGAAUAUAGAAACCAUGCGUUUCAAUUCCCAAUUCAAAUUCCAAUUCCCUGUAACUUCUUCUCGCAAAAUCAGAUACCGCGGCUUUGAGUUCCCAAAUUCAGUAUUAGCUAACACAAUAUGUGAAGGAGAGGAGGAAAGUAGAAAUAAAAGGAAUGUGAAAUUUUCAGGAAAGUUUCAAGAUUUGAUUGGGCGAGGCAGGGAUUGGUGGAAUUUGUAUGAUUAUAAGGAAAGAGAAAAUAGAUCAGGGAAUGCAGUUACAGUGAAGAAAUUUCUUCUUCGAAUGUGGGAAUUGCUUGGAAAUGAGAAAUGGAUUAUCUUUGUGGCAUUUGCUUCCUUAAUUACAGCUGCACUUUCAGAGAUAACAAUGCCAAAUAUACUAGCAGCUUCUAUCUUUUCUGCCCAGAGUGGUGAAUCCAUGGCUUUCUUUAAAAAUGCAUAUCUGUUGGCUGUACUGUGCUUCACUUCAGGAAUAAGCAGUGGCCUGCGAAGUGGCUGUUUUGCAGUAGCAAAUAUGAUUCUGGUUAAGCGUCUCAGGGAAACUUUGUAUUCAGCUCUUAUUUUUCAGGACAUAGCCUUUUUUGACAAAGAAGUUGGUGGCUUGACAAGCAGAUUAGGGUCAGAUUGUCAACGACUUUCUCAUGUUAUUGGACAUAAUAUCCAUUUGAUAAUGCGCAAUGCCCUUCAGGGGACAGGUGCCUUGAUUAAUUUGCUGUGUUUGUCUUGGCCUCUUGCAUUGCCAUCACUUGUCAUAUCCUUCAUUCUGGCUGCAAUAUUUCUAGUUUACGGCAGGUAUCAGAAGAUGGCUGCCAGGUUUACUCAAGAUUUCACUGCUUAUGCCAAUGAGGCUGCAGAAGAGACAUUUUCCUUGAUAAGAACUGUUCGGGUUUAUGGAACAGAGGGAAAAGAACUUGGAAGGUACAACAAUUGGUUGGAGAAAUUAACUUUUGUAAGUUGUCAAGAGAGCUUGGCUUAUGGAUUAUGGAAUAUGAGCUUUCACACCCUUUACCGGUCAAUGCAGGUUUUUGCAGUGAUGUUAGGAGGAAUGUCUAUUAUGACUGGACAUGUGUCAACUGAACAACUCACAAAGUAUAUAUUAUACUGUGAGUGGUUAAUUUAUGCAACCUGGAGGAUGGUGGACAAUGUAUCAUCAUUGUUGCAGGCAAUUGGAGCAAGUGAAAAUGUUUUUCAGUUAAUGCAACUCUCACCCAGUGACCAAUUCUUGUCCAAAGGUGUGAAAUUGCAAAGGCUAAUGGGACAAGUCCAAUUUGUUGAUGUAUCUUUUCACUAUCCUUUAAGACCAACUGUACCGGUUCUAGAACACCUAAACUUUUCUAUAGAAGCAAAUGAAGUGGUAGCAGUGGUUGGACUCAGUGGUAGCGGGAAAACCACACUAGUCAAUCUCUUGCUUCGGCUCUAUGAGCCAGUUAACGGUCAGAUCUAUAUUGAUGGUUUUCCUCUCAGAGAGCUGGAUAUGAAUUGGCUUAAAGAAAACAUAGGAUAUGUUGAGCAGGACCCUCAGCUCUUUCAUACUUCUGUCAAGUCAAACAUUACAUAUGGAUGCAAUAGAGACAUUAAAAUGGAAGACAUAGAAUCUGCUGCAAAAGUGGCCUAUGCUCAUGACUUCAUUUCUUCUCUCCCUGAUGGUUACGAAAGUCUUGUUGAUAGUAAUUUACUAAGUGGUGGACAGAAACAGCGAAUUGCUAUUGCUAGGGCUAUUCUGAGAAAUCCUGUUAUUCUGGUUCUUGAUGAAGCUACCAGUGCUCUUGACUCAGAAACCGAACACCACGUCAGGGGUGUUCUUCAAGCGAUCAAGAAUGAUGCCAACGCAAAGAGAACUGUUAUUAUCAUAGCACAUAGGCUUUCUACAAUUAAAGCUGCUGAUAGGAUCAUUAUAAUGGAUGGUGGUCAAAUUGUGGAGUUGGGUAGCCACAAUGAGCUACUAGUCAAGGAUGGGUUGUACUCAAAAUUAAUCAAACUGCAAGCAGAUUUUCUGGCUUAAUUACUGAAUCAGUGGCUUCAUGCAAGAUAAAAAGAAUUGCUCUUGACAAGCUCAAAAUAGUGGUCAGGCUGAAGCCUACGAGUUCAGAGCUCAAACAACUUUUAUCAAGCCUCGUAGAAAGUUCACAAGCAACCGCACUCAUUUACAGUCCUAAUAAUUUAAAGCCAUAUUUGAGCUGUGCAAUAUGCACUAUCACUAGACUAAACCUGCAAGUAGUACUUGCUCGCUUUUGUCUUUCACUGCCUUCUUGUCUCCCUCCUUGAUAUUGGUAAGCGAUGGCUCAUCAUCAUCAUCUACUACCCCUUUGAUUUCCUUCACUGCCUUGCGCUCCAGAGACUCGGAACUUCUAUCUUCUUUCUUCUCUUUGUUGUCCAUUGCUAAUCUUUAAUCAAGCUAAGCAAGAACUCCCUUGUUCUUUGCUUCGUGAAGAUUUUUAGGGGGAUAUAUAGAUAUAUAUACACAGUUUAAUUGGAAUAGGUGCAGGUGUCAUAUGCUGCUUGUAAAACAUGUAUUGAGCUCAUGCAAAGUGUGUAUAUUGCUAACAUCUGUAAUCUAAAUGUUAGUAUAAAAAUUUAUAUAGUAGAUAGGGAUUGGCAUUCGGUUAAUUCGGUUUCUA